AUGGCGAAUAGGAAUGUAGAGAAUAUGGCAUCAAUUGAUGCCCAAUUGAGGCAAUUGGUCCCCGGUAAAGUGUCUGAAGAUGACAAGCUUGUUGAGUAUGAUGCCCUGCUUUUGGAUCGGUUUCUUGAUAUUCUUCAGGAUUUGCAUGGGGAGGGUCUCAAGGAAACAGUACAAGAAUGUUACGAGCUUUCUGCCGAGUAUGAAGGCAAGAACGACCCCAAAAAGUUGGAAGAGCUCGGAAAUGUAUUGACAAGUUUGGAUCCUGGGGAUUCAAUUGUUGUUGCAAAAGCUUUUUCUCACAUGCUUAACUUGGCCAACUUGGCUGAGGAGGUUCAAAUUGCUCAUCGCCGACGAAAUAAAAAGAAAAAAGGGGAUUAUACUGAUGAGAGUUCUGCAACAACUGAAUCUGACAUUGAAGAAACUCUCAAGAGACUUGUGGUUGAUCUAAAGAAGUCCCCACAAGAAAUUUUUGAUGCUUUGAAAAAUCAAACUGUGGAUCUUGUCUUUACUGCUCAUCCUACCCAAUCUGUCCGAAGAUCAUUACUACAAAAGCAUGGGAGGAUCCGGGAUUGCUUGGCCCAGUUGUAUGCCAAAGAUAUUACACCUGAUGAUAAACAGGAGCUUGACGAGUCCUUACAGAGAGAGAUUCAAGCUGCUUUCCGCACUGAUGAGAUCCGUAGGACUCCUCCUACUCCGCAAGAUGAAAUGAGAGCGGGAAUGAGCUACUUUCAUGAAACAAUCUGGAAGGGCGUUCCGAAGUUUUUGCGGCGUGUUGAUACAGCACUUAAGAAUAUUGGGAUCAAUGAACGAGUUCCUUACAAUGCCCCUCUAAUUCAAUUCUCUUCUUGGAUGGGUGGUGACCGUGAUGGAAAUCCAAGGGUAACUCCUGAGGUCACCAGGGAUGUUUGCUUAUUGGCUAGAAUGAUGGCUGCUAACUUGUAUUAUUCCCAGAUAGAGGAUCUCAUGUUUGAGUUAUCUAUGUGGAGGUGCAGUGAUGAGCUCCGUGCUCGAGCAAAUGAACUCCGUAGAUCCUCAAAGAGAGAUUCAAAGCACUACAUAGAAUUUUGGAAACAAAUUCCAGUCACUGAGCCUUAUCGUGUUAUCCUUGGUGAUGUGCGGGAUAAACUCUAUGAGACACGUGAGCGUUCUCGUUAUUUAUUAGCUCAUGGACUAUCUGACAUUCCAGAGGAGGCAACUUACACCAAUGUGGAGCAGUUCUUGGAACCACUUGAACUCUGCUAUAGAUCUCUUUGUGCUUGUGGGGACCGGCCGAUAGCUGAUGGGAGCCUUCUGGAUUUUCUAAGGCAAGUUUCCACCUUUGGGCUCUCACUUGUGAAACUUGAUAUAAGACAAGAAUCAGACAGACACACUGAUGUUCUCAACGCAAUUACCCAACACUUGGAAAUUGGUUCAUAUCGAGAGUGGUCUGAAGAACGUAAGCAGGAAUGGCUCCUGUCUGAACUGAGUGGAAAGCGUCCCCUAUUUGGACCUGAUCUUCCAAAAACUGAAGAAAUAACUGAUGUUUUGGAUACAUUUCACGUGUUAGCAGAACUCCCAGAAGAUUGUUUUGGAGCAUACAUCAUCUCUAUGGCCACGGCACCAUCUGAUGUGCUAGCAGUCGAACUUCUGCAGCGUGAAUGCCAUGUGAAGAACCCUUUACGAGUUGUUCCACUUUUUGAGAAACUAGCUGAUUUAGAGGCUGCUCCUGCUGCUGUUUCACGCCUUUUUUCAAUUGAUUGGUACAAAAGUCGAAUUAACGGUAAGCAAGAAGUCAUGAUAGGGUACUCGGACUCUGGAAAAGAUGCUGGUCGGCUUUCAGCAGCCUGGCAAAUGUAUAAGGCGCAAGAGGAGCUUGUCAAAGUUGCAAAGAAAUAUGGCAUGAAGCUGACUAUGUUCCAUGGUCGAGGUGGAACAGUUGGAAGAGGAGGCGGCCCCACCCACCUUGCUAUAUUGUCUCAACCACCAGAUACUAUACAUGGUUCUCUCCGUGUUACGGUCCAGGGAGAAGUCAUUGAGCAAUCAUUUGGAGAGGAGCACUUGUGUUUCAGAACGCUCCAACGUUUCACUGCUGCUACACUGGAACAUGGAAUGCAUCCUCCUAUCUCCCCGAAACCAGAGUGGCGUGCACUUUUGGACGAAAUUGCUGUUGUUUCCACAGAAGAGUACCGUUCAAUUGUCUUCAAAGAACCCCGUUUCGUCGAGUAUUUCCGCCUUGCUACACCAGAAUUGGAGUAUGGCCGGAUGAACAUUGGUAGCCGUCCUUCAAAACGGAAACCAAGUGGAGGCAUUGAAUCACUCAGAGCUAUUCCAUGGAUCUUUGCUUGGACACAAACUAGAUUUCAUCUACCCGUGUGGCUUGGCUUUGGAGCAGCAUUCAAAUAUGCCAUGGAUAAGGACAUCAAGAACCUCCGCAUGUUGCAGGACAUGUAUAACCAGUGGCCUUUCUUUAGAGUCACCAUUGAUUUAAUCGAGAUGGUGUUUGCUAAAGGAGACCCUGGUAUUGCUGCUUUGUACGACAAACUCCUAGUUUCAGAGGAUUUGUGGUCAUUUGGCAAGCGUUUGAGGGCCAACUAUGAGGGAACAAAGAGUCUUCUACUCCAGAUUGCUGGUCAUAAAGAUCUUCUCGAAGGAGACCCUUAUUUGAAGCAAAGACUUCGUUUACGUGAUUCCUACAUCACAACCUUGAACGUGAGCCAGGCUUAUACUCUAAAGCGAAUUCGUGAUCCAAACUACCAUGUGAAGUUGAGACCUCACAUUUCCAAGGAGUACAUGGAGUCAAAACGAGCAGCUGAACUUGUGAUGCUGAACCCUACAAGUGAAUAUGCCCCUGGUUUGGAGGAUACUCUCAUCUUGACCAUGAAGGGUAUAGCUGCUGGUAUGCAGAAUACUGGUUAA